AUGGGGAAGGGAUCCGCGCGAUCUGGCGGCUUCUCCCCCGUCAAUACGCUGACAGAUUCAAGAAAACCGAAAAACAGGACCAACUCCCCCUCACGAUACCAUCAUAAACAUGGGAUCCCGCAUGUGCAGAAGAAGGAUAUGAGGGAAAACUUGGAAAUUUUGGGAUCCAACACGAAUAGUUAUUUGCCGGAACGGUCACUCCUGAGCCAUGGGAGUGCCACUAUUCCAGGAAAAAAACGUCGAAUUUCUGGCAACGACAUCGAAGAAAUGCCAAGAAACUCAAAGGCGAUUUUUGAGAGCUUGGGCGAAGGUCGUCGAGGCUUUACAACCCAAGGAACAUUUCGCGCAAUUCAUCAUUCGGGCGCACAAACCAAAAAAGAGCAUGCAGUUUUGAAAGUUGAAGAAGACGAGGAGCUGACCAUGAAAAUCAACUGGUGUGGCAAAAAGAUAGAAGGUUCAGAAGUCAACUUUAUGACGGAAGGUCGUGCAAUUUUUUUCAGCUCUCAUGGAGGGCAUUUAGGCGUGGUUUUGAAAUGUGGACGAAAUAUAAGCUUGCGUCCCAAGGACCAAACUCAAAUGUUUUUAUGGACUGACAGGUACCUCAGUAACUUCGGAAAUUUAAGAGAUAAACUUGUGAAGGCUUUAGUUAAAGUUGUGGACGUUGAACAAGAAAAUGUCACGGAUGGGGAUGUUAUACGCGAAAUGCAGGAAAUCAUUACAAUGCAAAACAACACCCUAGAGACGAAAUCAAUGGCGAGUUUGGCUUCAAAAGCCCAUUUGGAAACUCGUGAGCAACGGCAUUUUGAAAACAAAAAUCUUCGAUCGCUGCAUAAAUCCAACGGCAAAUCAAGUGCAAGUGGAAAGGGCACAAUCAUAGGCGUUCCUAAUUCAGCAGAUUUUCAUGAAAGUCACACCACUUCUACGAACCAAUUUUAUGGGAGUCGAGCUCCACAAGGAUCACUGCUGGAUCAUUCACUAUCUAAUACUAAACGCAUAACCAGAUCGUGCUCGGAAACGCCUCCUGUCACCGCGACUACCGAGGAGCUGGACACUCCUUACGAAACUCCACAACUUUUCAAGCCAACCUUAUUCUACAAGUUUGACGACAGUACUACCUUGUCGGUCUCCAAUCAAGAUUUCAAAUGUCUGUACAACCAUGAUUGGAUAAACGACUCGAUUCUCGAUUUUUUCGUCAAAUACUGGAUGGAAAGAUCAAUAAAAGCUGGAAUAGUAUCUCGCAGUCAGACUCAGGUUCUCUCGUCAUUCUUCUAUACAAAACUCAUCAGCAAACCCGAGAAGUACUAUGACAAUGUCAAAAAAUGGGUCAGGGAUACAGAUCUGUUCAGCAAAAAUUUUGUGGUUAUGCCAAUAAACGAGAGUUUCCAUUGGUUUGGAUGCAUCAUCUGUAACCUUCCAGCUCUAUUUUCCUUUCUAAUGAUGGAGCGUGAUUUCAAUCUCAAGCAUAAAAACGACUCAAAUGCGGAAAGUAAUGAUGAGCUUUCUGUCACUUCACCGAUAGUCACAAUAAUGGUGUAUGACUCGCUAAGGCAGACCCACUCCAGAGAGGUCGAGCCGAUUAAAGAGUUUCUGAUCGCCUACGCUGCAGAUAAAUACAAUCUCGAGGUUUUCAAGCAUCAGAUCAAGAUGAAAACUUGUAUGGUACCACAACAACCGAAUAUGAGUGACUGCGGUGUUCAUGUCAUUCUCAACACCAAAACCUUCUUCGACAAUCCGAAAAGAACGACCGAUCUGUGGCGCGAGAGUAAAAUAAGGAGCAAAAGCGCCGCGAGGACUGUCAAUGAAUAUUUCGAUAAAAAGGGCAGAACAAAUGCUCGGCAAGAACUUCGGUCCGUUUUACUGGAUUUGCAAAAAGAACAAGUAGAACGCAACAAACACAAUGGCAAUUCUAAUCUUCUUGAACAAGAUCGCAGUGCGACGGAAGAUGAUAGUCACAGUGACCUUGAGAUUCUAGAAAAUUAUACUGAACCGCUUGCCAAAGUCGAGAACGAGGAUGAAAAUGCGUCUGAGAAUUUGACAUUUUCCGUUGCGCGAAACGCAGAAAAUUGUCACUCUGGUGUGUUAAAAGAUGCCAGUGCUGACGUAGGAAAGGAACCCACAGAGAGGACUGACGACCGAUCUGAUUCUAUUACUAGUGAAUUGUCGACAAGGUCCAACAGGUCAGAGACAGCUUCACCAAAUGAAAAUAUAGUUUCCUCUGAACCCAGUCACUACAAAAGGGGAUUGAACAAUUCCCCGGAGUUCACUUCUGAUAUAAUUUCAGAAUGCAACACCGAGUCAGAGGCAAGCUCCGCAGUCGAUAAGAAAUCACAAGUUACACUUUCAUCCAGGACUGAAGACUUCACAAAUCUCGGGGUUUCGCAUCAGAAGAAUACCCUGGAAAAUAAUGAGGAAUCGGCUCCUACUCAAUUGCGACCGGUAGAAUCGCCUUUCUUCGCAAAAAAGGUGAAAGGUGAGAGUUCGACAGCAUUGAAUGAAUCAGUUUCGAUGCACCAAAGCUUCAAAACUAUGAACUCCAAAGAGAGCUUAUUGCCUCCCGAAAACUAUGGCUCUGACGAUCCGAUCGAGAUAUCACAGCCCAUUUCGACUGUUGCGGAAACGACGACUUCGACGAAAGGUAUCCUUGAUGUUGAGAAAACAUCGAAGAGCUCAACCCGGAACUCUCCUAGAACUCUCAGCUACAAGUUCAUAUCGUCCCCUUCCCGCGAUAGUAGUAACGGGUCAAAAUCUUUGAACAGCUAUUCGAAAUCCAAACUCACAGCAGCACGAACCCACGAAGACGGGUAUGCAAUUCCAAAUCAAGUAAACAUUAGUGACGAUGAAUUGGAAAGUUUUCGAGUUACUGGCGAACGAUUAAUUUGA